UGUAAAUAAAAUAAAGUGACGAUUUCACAGGAUUCCACAAAAUCAUCAAUUCGCUGCACUUUCUCAUUAUAAAUCUCUUCAAUUUCUCCACGCAAUGGAAACUGUUGGACUCGACAAGCAUGAGCUUCCUCCCACCAACCAAAAGCGAAUGGUUGCCUUCAUCAAUCAUUUUGUGCUGAGCACGGUCCACUUCCUUAACCGCUUCGCUCUGGACUGCGAGAACAAGUUCAUCCAGUACGAGCACAAAAUGCAGAGCCUAGAGGCAUCGCUGCUGAUCAUCGAAGCCAAGCUGGCCUCGAUCGACGCGCUCAAGGGAUGCUCGAUGACGCCGCAACAGGUUGAAGUUCUGGCGGAAGCGACACCUGAUGAGCAGGAAGAAGUGGUGGCGCAGGAGAGAGAUCCUCGCUACGAGCGGUACUUUAAGAUGAUACAGGUUGGGGUGCCGGUUCCGGCCGUUCGGAACAAGAUCAGCUCGGAGGGUUUGGAUCCGAAUUAUAUUGACGCGUUUUUGUGAGCAGAA